UAUAUCGUUUAUCCAUUGUUUGCGUUUUUUUUAAUUUUUCUUGAUAUUAUUUUACGCAUCGUUACUUUCUUGGGUAUCGAUACAUCGACAAAGUCGGUAGGAGAAUGGAAUGGUCUGACGAAAACAAAAUUAGAUGAUAUCGUACGUAGAGGAACCGUAAUCUUGGGCAAACCCUUUAUAAGUUACGUGGAUGAAAAUAACGGUGACGGGAACCUUUUUAAACAGAUUAGAAACCUUAAAAUAGAUAUGGUAGAAACACUUUUACUCUUAGCUUCGAUAUUAUAUGAAAGAAGAGAAGAAAAUGUAAAUGAAGCAAUCAAGAAAAUCAAAGGAUUUGAAAAUAAAGCAAUCAUACAAGAAGAUAUUCUAUACAUUAGAGAUCAACUACUUAUCUCUGAAGAACCUAUUAGAAAUCAAGUGAAAAAGUGGGGAAUAAAAUUUACGUCCAUAACGGAAUUAAAUUCCCUAGGUGGACCUUACGCUGGAAUGUUUUGGAGUACAGAAGGAAAUUUCAUUGUGAUAGGUUUCAAGGGAACCACACCAGCUUACUUUAGCGAAUGGUUAGCCGAUUUUAUGAUACAAAAGAUUGAUGCAAGAGCUUAUCUUUAUGGACAAGUUCAUGAGGGUUUCUACACUUCAUUGUUCCCUGAAGAUGACUAUGCCGCCUCAAAACUUUAUAGAAGAAGCCCAUCUUUAAGAUUAAUCGAAGCUAUACGUGGUAAAGCUGCAGAAAUUAAAAAUUAUAAUAAAACCAUCAAUAAAACCAAUCCAAUUUCGUUAUGGAUUACCGGUCAUUCUUUAGGAGGAGGUCUUGCUACAUUAUUUUAUACUCAUUUAUUGAAAAAUCCGAAAAUUGUAGGUGAAGAUUGUAUUAUUCGUGAUGGAGUCACUUUCGCGGCACCAAAUGUUGGUGAUAAAGAUUUUGCAGCUUAUUUUUCUUCUCAAUCUAAUGGAUCAUUUGAGCCAACUAGUACUUUAUGGAGAGUUGUAGCAGAAAACGAUAUAGUUCCUCAUAUUUCACCAAGUUACAUUCAUCCAAGGCUAAGUCGUUUCUUUAAAUCCAUCGAUGUCCUAAAUUAUUUUCAUAUAGGGGAAGAGAUUAAAUUUCACUUUGAUGGUUCACUUCCAACAUCGACAAGACCUAUCUUUGAGACUGAAAAUUAUUUUUAUUAUGAAAAAAGAAGUAAAUUGACAAACAUUAAUUUAACAAAAGUUGAUCAAAUCGUUGUAGAUUCGGAUAAAUUUUUGUAUCCUUAUGAAAAAUAUAUUCCAAGCUUUUUUCGAAAUCAUUUUACCCAUCGUUAUUUUGUAAGUUUAGAAAAAGCUAGACAUCAUUUUGAAGCAUUAGAAAAUUACAUCAAUGAUAACUGUAAAUAG